AUGGCACUUGUAGGGCCUACUUUGCCACACUUCACCUAUGCUCGCAUCAAGGGAGAGCUGGACUCGCCAACUGCUUGGCCCUUCCUGAGCAGCUUCGAAGCAGUCAGGCUUUUGACCGCUAGAAGCUUGAAGGGGCAAUAUACCGACGAAGCAGCAUGUGAUUCUCAGCCUUCGUUUUUUCUGCCAAGAUUCGAGUGGCCAAGCUCCGACGAGUCUGAACUUUCUAACGCCUUGAACGUUUCACCCAAUGACGCGGUCGGGGAAAUCGGGCGUAUCCCGCCCAUGCCUCCAUGGCAGGAUCCUGUUUGGCUGCAAAAUCAAGUGUUAUCACGAGCCCCCGGCUGGAAACAGCACUUGACGGACAUUCGGAACGUCCUGGUUGAAAUUCAUGAGCAGAGAUUUCUAUCCCAGGCGGGAGUGAACAGCCUUUUGACAAUCAUGCUCUACGGACUUGAAGGUAUCAUCAGCAAAAUCUCCUCGCCACUACGCAUCUGCAUGUACAAGCAGGGAGAUGUCUAUGUUCCCGCGUUUUAUCGAUCCCCUCCCAGUGAGCAUCGAUACGUCCCUGGGACAACACUCGUCCGCGGCAGCCACAUCGGCGGCCUCCCCUACCCGAACUGGACCUGGUUCAACAUGGCAGGAAGGCGAUUUCUUGUAGGGGCUAUCCAAUUCUAUGACGGCCAAAACAACAGCGGCGUCCACUGGUCGACGAUCAUUUUUGAUCGCCAGACGGCCACGCUUUACUAUAUUGACACGCUUGUGCCCCUGCGUGAGGAAAGAUUUAAGGCUGCGUGUUUCUCGGUGCGAAGUUUUUGGUUCCACCAAGGGCUCCCGUUUAGCUUUACUGCUAUCUGCCUUAAUCUUGCGCACCAUGAGAGGCCGGGAUCAUCUGGGGUUCUGUCCAUUUUCACUCUUUGGAUCAUGAUCAGAGGUUUGGUGGGAUGUGAUCUUCGCUCCAUGGAUGAAUUAGAGGCCCUCCCGGUCCACCCGUUCCCUCCUAUCCACAGAAGCUAUUUCAACAGCACGCUCGGACUGCUCGCCCCUACCUGGCACCUAUGGAACAACCCUGAGAUAUCCCUCAGCCACGCGCGCGCCAUUCUCGCCGCCAUCUGCUGCAACGAGCUCGGCAUCCGCAACAACAAGAUCCGCCUCGUCGGCGGGGGUGACGUCCCCAUCCACGGCGCCUCCCGGUUCCGAUACCACCUGUUUGGCAGCCCGGAGGCCAUGUACUCAAUAACCAGCGGCUUCUCGGCUCUCGGAGGCUACCUGCCAAUCGAGAUUUGGCCGAUCCCGCAGUUCCCCGCCAACUGGAGGCGCGUCUUCCGGCCACCCGCCGCGGGAUCCGAGAACCCCACGUACCGUCCGUUUGUCUGGCGGGAUGCGAGGGCUACCCCGUCACCGGAUGAGCUCCCGCCGCCUCCUCAUUGGUUUCGGCGCCCUCGCGAUGGAGGUCACAGCGAGCUGAGGGCAGGGAGGACAUAUUAUACUCAUGAGUCCAUGUUCGUGAUGCCGCCCGUGCCCUACUAG